AAGGCGUUCAAAUUGCGGUGUUCAAAGACUUUAUAAAAGCUUCUUUGCUUGGCUGGCUGGCUUACUUUACGCAUAGCAAAACGUCAUGUCUGAAGUACCGAUUUACGGACUCGACAAGGAAUUGGCUGCAAAGGCCGCGGCAAAGUACGAUCCUGCGCGAGAGGCUGAAGCACGGGCUUGGGUGGAAGAGGUGACCGGCGAGAAAUGUCAAGGGGAAACGUUGCAAGAUGGGCUGAGGGAUGGCGUACUGCUUUGCAAACUGAUCAACGUCCUGCUGCCCGACAAGCCGCUCAAAUUCACUACAUCGCGCAUGCCGUUCAAGCAAAUGGAAAACAUUAACCACUUUCUUGGCGCUUUGACAACCUACUUUCAAGUUCCCGCCUCGGAUCAGUUUCAAACGAUCGACCUCUAUGAGAACAAGAACCCCAAUCAAGUAGUCGAUACAUUGUUUGCUCUGUCACGCCACGCACAUAAACUCGGAUACCUGCCUAAUGGGCCGACUUUGGGACCGAAGCUUGCCGAGAAACGCGAACUGUCCUUUUCAGACGAGCAGUUGGCCCAAGGGAAGAGCAUAAUCGGCUUACAGAUGGGGUUUGCAGGAGGCGCCAGUCAGAGUGGUAUGGGCGCGUAUGGUGGGAGAAGACAGGUUGUGGACCCGUCAGUUGGCACUGGGGAUGUUGCCGGGACAAGUCAGCAGAUGGGGUUUAGUGGGGGUGCGAACGCAAGUGGUAUUGUCUAUGGUGGGAGACGAGAGAUUGGCGGCGCAGAUCCAGGGAGACGGCCUGUAGACCAAUGACAACCAUGGCGGAACCAUGGUUGUGUGUAAUGGGGGCCUUUGUUUUGGAUGGAUGACAAGUAUCGGUUGACGGGAUGUAGCGCAGAAGUAAUGUGGUUCACCAGAUACAAAACACUCUAGAUACACAAAGACAUCUCUGAGACAAUGGGGGGAAAACCAUCAAACAUGUUGGGGGCCCUCUGGCCUUGUGCUCGAAACCCAGUAAACCAGUCGCAGCACACGGCUUUGUUGAUAAAGUGUUGGUGAAGGUCUCACAAGUUGACUAAUGGCUGUCGUUAUGUAUACUCUAGUUUUUGCAUGCACGUUUUUAUUCUACAAAACUAUCGGUUGUGUAUGUGUGUGUGCAGAUUGGACAAGUGCAGAUUGGCUGAUCCCCA